CAACCAGCUCGAAACGGCUACGUCGGGGACGGCAUGGACGACGGCAAAGACGCAAACAGCGAGCCAGUUUGGAUUGGAACGGCUUGCUGAGACAUACGUGUGUGAGAAUACGUACGUAUAACCAAAACCUUGAUCUGCUUUCUUUGCGUAUCGCGCUUGGGUGGUUCCUGUGUGAAGUGAUCGUAGUCGUCGUCGUUGUCGUCAUAGUCAUCGUCGCCGUGAGUACAUCCGGGUGUAUGGAAACUGAUUCGCAAGUCCUCCAAAGUUCGAUAUCCGUGCAGGAAGUGAUUAUCGUUCGGAUUUUUCGCAAAAGAUAUUUAGACCAGUAUCAAACAGAAGGAGAAAUGUGAAACGAUACACAAAGUGAGAGUUACAAGUUGAUCGAGUCACAGCGCUGUACCAAUACACAUUCACUCGGCACACGCAGCAAACGCAAGUGUGCUAGGUGCAAAUUAGGCGAUCGGAUAGCAAAGUGGUGAUCGGAUCGGAAACGAUGACAAGCGUUCCGUUGUCGCGGAAAUUCGGCAAUCGCAACAAUGUAGGAUGGAAAGUUGCACUGGGAAAAGUUCCACUGCAACUCGGUCUAGUCUUCGCAGCAAUGCUCGUCAUCCUAGUAGAAUCUCAAAAACCGGAAGACGGUCCCUAUCGGGGCAAGUACAUCGGUAAGUUUAAUUCCUACCAUCACCAGGCAUCCGGCGAGGUGUACGCCGUCGAUGAAUACACCUUCCUGAUCACCGGAUUCAACUACGAUGGCAACGGAGUGGAUACGUUCUUCUGGUCCGGGGCCAGCAACCGACCGGGACCUCAGGGUUUCAUCGUACCGGAUGAGUUCGGCAAAACCAACAUCCUGGAACGGUACUUCAACAAGGACUUCACGAUCCGUUUGCCCGACAACAAGAAGAUUACCGAGGUCAAGUGGCUGGCCGUGUACGAUCUGAACUCGCAGAACAACUUCGCCGACGUGUACAUUCCGGAAGAUUUCGAGCCACCCGUUUCGCAAAUGGCCGGAAGUUUGUCUCGGAAUAGUCACGGCGUGAGCAGCGAAGGGAUCGAUAUUCUGGACUCGAAAACGAUUCGUAUUACGGAGUUCAGUUACGAUGGCAAGGGUAAAGAGGUUCACUUUUGGGUUGGUGUUGGACCAUCGCCGUCUUCUAAGGGUCGCAAGGUUCCGGAUGAGAUGGGAUAUUUGGACACUCUGCGAAUGUACGAUCGCGAAACGAUCACAUUGGAACUACCGGGCGACAUGACCAUAUUCGAUAUCGAUUGGUUCUCCGUGUACGACGUAGAAACGAAGGAGGACUGUGGUUCAAUACUCAUUUCGGACGAUUUGAACGUUCCGCCGUCUUUGGUAAAGGUGACGCCUCACGCCGAGUCUCUUCCGAACUGCCGGCAGCUUCAUAAGGACUACCGGAUGUCGUGGGAGGUUUUCGGGCCACAGAUCACUAUUCAACUGGCGGCGAAUGUGAAACAGGACGAAUAUAUGGCGUUCGGAAUCAGUGGAUCCGACAGCCAGAGUCAGAUGUUGGGAGCGGACGUUGUCGUGGCUUACAUCGACGGUCAUCAGGGAUAUGCGGUGGAUUACAACAUAACCUCGUUGGCUCCAUGUGUGCAGGUACUUGGUCAGAACAAAGGCGUCUGCCGGGAUGAUGUGGUUGGAGGACAGGACAGUUUCCAGCUGCAUACUUUCGGGCGUGAAAAUGGAAUUAACACAAUCACUUUCCGACGGAUGCUGAUUUCACCGGAUCCGGGAGAUAAAGAGUUUGUGCUGGAUAGACCAAUUUACGUGAUCUGGGCUCUUGGCCGACUGGACUCCAACAAUGAACCCACCUAUCACGAUGUGUAUCCAAAGAAGGAUACCAUGAUUGCAUUCAACACGUCCGAGGCAGUGAAUGAUUGUUUCAGCUUCACGCGCAGUGAAGUCAAUCUGAAGGACGUCUGGGAGAAAGCGCAGAUUUUCGAUCGUUCGAUUCGAUCGUUUUCGGUGACGCUGGGUCCGGCCGGAGGGAAACGUGGCUACCAGGGAAUAACAGGACAUGUCUCCAACGGGUUGGCAUGGUACAUCAACGGGUUAAUGGUUCCCGAGCUUUGGCUUCGAAGAGGGCUGACGUAUUCGUUUAAGGUUCGUGGAGGAAAUAACCCACACUCGCCCGAAUUUUACCAUCCUUUCGUAAUCACGGACGAACCACGAGGUGGAUUCGAUCGACUGUCGGACGUCAAACAGAGCGAAAUUCGUGUCCUAGCUGGUGUGGAGUUCACCCGCCGAGGCCGUCCGAAACCGACGGCUGCCGGUCCGCUCUGUUUGGCCCGCCAUCCGGACAAUCAGGAUCGCCGACUGGACGAUAAUUUUGCCACGUUCAAAAAGUUCAACCGGACGCUUCGGUGGAGCUGCGAGUCCGGUGAUCCCGCAAUUCUGGAAAUCACUCCGAAUUCGAGCUGGCCGGAUGUGGUGUACUACAACAGUUUUACCCAUGCCAACAUGGGCUGGAAGAUUCAUAUCGUCGAUAGCUACAGCAAUUCGGCGCGGAACGGUGCCGCUCCCGGUCGGUACGACGAUACAAGACUGUUGACGGUGUGCAGCUCCGUGCUGGUCGUGCUGCUGGCUGCGCUGCUGUCACCGGUGCGGAAAGAUUGAACGGGCGAGUGUUUCUUUGGGUUUGUUGUAUUUGAAAUGUGUAUGCACAACGAAAGUAAAAAAAAAGUGUCUGAAAGUUAUACAAAUUAGUGCGUGAAGCGAAA